GCCCCGCACCGUGAUGUGCCCACAGGAGGGGCUUGCUGGGCUCCAGCUCGUGUCUCUCCCCGGAGGGCUUUAGGACGGCCACUCUUACACUUGUCAUGGAAUUAAAGAAAACUACCUCCAGGUCGUACAAUGCUGCUCUCCUGCUGCCACUUUUCCUCUUGUUUUGGGGAACUUCAUACUCUGAAAAUGGCUCUGACAGUGGCUGUUCCUCGUCCCCAUGUGAGAAUGGGGGGAGCUGUAAGGAUUUGGAAGUGGGUUACCAGUGCAUCUGCCCUGUGAAGCCUGUAGCCUACAUGGGCAUAAAUUGUGAACUCCUCUAUGAUGCUUGCACUGAGCAUGACUGUCCUACCCACAUGAGCUGCACCCCGAGUCCAGGACUGCUGGAAUAUGAAUGUAUGUGUCCAGCUGGCGCUGCCUGUGACGGUGUUGAUGGGUGCGAGAGCAGCCCUUGCCCAGAGCCGUUCCGGUGUGCAGACACAGCAGCUGGGUACAGCUGCAGGUGCCAGCCGGGCCCGGGUGGACAAGGCUGCGGGGCAGAGAGCUCCGAGUGCUCCAGGCGGCCCUGCCUGAACAACGGCACGUGCCUGGAGGGGGGGGGGGGCUACCGCUGCCUCUGCCCGCCCGGCUUCGGCGGGGCCACGUGCGGGGACGACAUCGACGAGUGCGCCUCGGGGCCGUGCCGCAACGGGGCCAUCUGCAGGGACAGCGCGGGCCAGUACAGCUGCUUCUGCGUGCCCGGCUUCCAGGGCUCCAACUGCGAGAUCGACAUCGACGAGUGCGCCUCCCGGCCCUGCCGCAACCACGGCACCUGCCUCAACCACAUGGACCGCUACGAGUGCCGCUGUGCGCCCGGCUACGCAGGUGUGAACUGUGAUGCUGAAAUAGAUGAAUGUGCUUCAGACCCUUGCCAGAACGGGGCUCUGUGCAAUGAUCACAUUGGGUUCUACACCUGCACCUGUGCACCAGGUUAUCAAGGAGCCCAGUGCGAGGUGGACAUCAAUGAAUGUGAGAGCCAGCCAUGCCAGAGCAACGGGACAUGUCAUGACCUCAUUAACAGCUACCGUUGUGACUGCAGUGACACUGGCUUCGAGGGCACCCACUGCGAGCUGGACAUCCUGGAGUGUGCCUCGGACCCCUGCCACAACAGUGCCACCUGCCUGGAGGGGACCAAGGGCUACAGCUGUGCCUGCUGGCCAGGUUACACCGGGCCGGACUGUGAGGAGGAUGUGGAUGAGUGCGAGACAGAGCCCUGUCACAACGGGGGCCUGUGCCUGCAGCGCUCCAACCCAGCCCACUACGGGACACAGCCCCACUUCCCCAGCAACUUCAGCUACAGCCAAGCAGCUGGCUUCCUGUGCCAGUGCCAGCCAGGCUUCACAGGAGAGACCUGCUUUACCAACAUCGACGAGUGCGAGUCGCAGCCCUGCCAGAAUGGGGGGCUCUGCCAGGACCUGGUCAAUGGCUUCCUGUGUCUCUGCCUGCCUGGUUAUUCAGGUGUGGAAUGUGCUGUUAACAUCAAUGAGUGUGAGGAGGGACCCUGCAAAAACGGGGCUGUCUGUGAGGAUGGCAUUGCUGACUAUUCCUGCCACUGUGCCCCUGGCCAGGAUGGCAUCACGUGGGGAGGGAAGAACUGCUCUGUCCAGCUGACUGGGUGCCAGACACACGACUGCCAAAACGAGGCCUUGUGCAUCCCAACCUACCAAGCUGAGAGCCACGGCCACCUGUGCCAGUGCCAGCCUGGUUUCUAUGAUGUCACGUGCUCGACACCAACAACGUUCUCCUUCACUUCCAGAGGGUUUCUGUCCAUUGAGCUGCCCAGGAGCAGUGAGAGCGGGAGGGGCACAGCAGGAGCCAGCGUGUCCCUGCGCUUCCGAACCACCCUGCCCAGCGCUGUCCUGUUCUUCCGCGGCCACGCAGCUGAGUACCUGUUCCUGGAGCUCUGGGAUGGCGUCCUGCACGCAGAGCUGAAGAGGGAGGACGUUGGGUACCCGCUGCUCCUGGAGGGGCUCAGAGUGGACGAUGGCCAGUGGCACAAAGUGGAAGUUGCUGUGCACAGCACGGUGCAGCUGAAGCUCUGGCACGGCUCUUGUGAGGCCGGGCUCUGCCUGCAGAGCUCUCCUGCCCCACCGGGCGCUGCUUUGAUCCCACAAGCCUUCCUGCAUCUGUACAUUGGAGGUGCUGAGGAUCCAAUGGCCAACAACACACGGAGCCAGCAGGGCUUUGUGGGCUGCCUGCAGGACGUGCAGGUGGAUGCUGAGGCCGUGCUGCCAGCAGAUCUGCCCCUGGCAGGGCCGUCCCCAGCCAGGCCGGGCUGCGAGCGCACCGAGUGGUGCCUGGCCCAGCCCUGCCUGCACGGGGGGCUCUGCAUGGACCUCUGGGCCUCCUUCAGCUGUGACUGCCCCAGGCCCUAUGGAGGCCCAGACUGCUCCUAUGAGCACCCAGCAGCAACAUUUGGCCUAGAGAACUCCACCAGCUUUGCCUCUUUCACCCUUUCUGACAGCCUUGGUGCAGAUUUCAACCUCUCCUUUUUCCUGCGGAGCCGGAAGCCCGACGGUUUGUUAGUGCAGGUGUGCAAUGGGACAGGCCCCUGCCUCACCCUGUACCUCAGGGGUGGCCAGCUGAGCAUAGAGACCUCACCUACAGACACCCUGACCUUGCCAGGGAAUGUGCUUGAUGGGAGAAGACAUUUGGUAGCCCUGUCUUUCCAGGGAGGCUCUGUUGCUGCUCUGCAGUCAGACACAUUCGUGGAGCUGGGGCAGCUGCCAGCCCAGGCCCUGGGAGCUGGCUCUGAAGUGUUCAUUGGGGGACACCCAGACCCCAACAGUGCUGAGCUCUGGGGGGGCUAUUUCAAGGGCUGUUUGCAGGACAUCCAACUCAACAGCCAGCAGAUACAGUUUUUCCACGUGGAGAAUGACAGUUUGCCAGGGGUACUCAAUAGGACUGAGACUGGAAAUCUUGUGAAUGGCUGCAUCUCUGAUGACACUUGCAAGUCUGAGCCAUGUCAGAAUGGUGGCAGAUGCAUUGUCACUUGGAAUGAUUUCCAUUGCAGCUGUCCAGCAAAUUUCACUGGGAAAUUUUGUGAAGAGAAAGUCUGGUGUGAAAGUGACCCAUGUCCUGAAGCCACCACCUGCAUGGACGUUGUGGCAGGAUAUGUGUGUCUGGCUAAUGCAACUUUUAAUAGUUCUGCUACCAUGGAAUUUAUCACCAACUCAUCAGUGACCAGAACUCUGAGCAGCCUCCACAUAGACUUCAGAACCAGAGAUGAAGAUGCUGUUUUGCUUCGGGCUGUGGAAGAGGUGGAUUCCCUCCAUGUAGCCAUCAGGAAUUCCUCCCUGCUGGUUGCCAUCAGGAGCGGGAACAGCAUCGAGGGUGCGAGUUUCCUGAGCGCGCAGCCCGUGGCGGACGGGGCGUGGCACAGCGUCUCGGCGGCCAUGGAGGAGCCGGCGGCGCUCUCUUCCCGCUGGCUGCUGCGCUUGGACGGAGCCAACGCGACUCUGCAGGGCAGCGCCGGCAGCCUGGACUUCCUCAAGAACAACGCCGUGGUCGUGGUGGCCGAGGAUUUCACCGGCUGCCUGGGCCGGGUGCACAUCGGGGGCAUCUUCCUGCCCUUCCCGGCGCCACGGCCGUACCCGCAGCGCGAGCAGUUCUGGCGGGGGGGGGGGGGGGGGGGGGGGGGGGGGGGGGGGGGGGGGGGGGGGGGGGGGGGGGGGGGGGGGGGGGGGGGGGGGGGGGGGGGGGGGGGGGGGGGGGGGGGGGGGGGGGGCUGCAGCGCGGGCUGGGCGGGGCCGCGCUGCCAGGCCAACAUCGACGAGUGCCAGCCCAGCCCCUGCGUGCACGGGCGCUGCGUGGACGCCUUGGCGGAUUUCCAGUGCGAUUGCUUCCGCGGCUUCAUCGGCAAGAGGUGCGACAUCAACGUGGACGACUGCGUGCGGCACCAGUGCCUGAACGGGGCCACGUGCGUCGAUGGCGUGUACGGGUACUCCUGCAAGUGCCCCCCGCAGUUCUCCGGACCUCGCUGCGAGUGGCCGUUCCCCCCUCAGCAGUGUGGCAAGAACUUCACCUGCCUGAACGGUGGCAGGUGCGUCACAGAGAGCUGGGGAGCCAACUGCUCCUGCAGGCCUGGCUUCACUGGGAGGAACUGUCAAAUCAACAUAAACGAGUGUGAGCCGAACCCCUGCCAGAACGGGGGCACGUGCCAGGACUCGGAGAACAGAUACGAGUGCGUGUGCAGCGCCAGCUACACCGGCGAGCGCUGCGACAUCAACAAAGGGACUGCAGGUGCUCUCUUCCCCUCCCCACUAAUUGAAGUAGCUGUCCCUGUAGCCUGUGGCUCUGUGCUGCUCCUCAGUAUUGGUCUCAUAUUCAUGGUGCUCACGGCAAGGAAGAGGCGCCAGUCCGAGGGGACCUACAGCCCGAGCCAGCAGGAGGUGGCAGGAGCUCGGCUGGAGAUGGACAAUGUCCUAAAGGUGCCACCUGAGGAGCGCCUGAUCUAGGCCCUGCCCUGCCCAGAGCUGCCCUGCAGGCUCUGCCUGGACCUUGGGCUCUUCCAGCAGUGGCAGCAGCAGAUCCAGCCCAGCAGUUCCCCCACGGCCUGGGCAGAAGACACGGACUUGACACAGGCUCAGGCCCGGCACUGCUGCACUCCAGGGGCUCCAAGGGAGCCUCUGCCCUCCCUCCUGCCCUGGACUGGCCGUUGCUCAUCUCAGCAGGGGCUCCAGCCCCCUCCCAGGCAGGAGAGGCACAUUAAAAUGAUCUGCUUUCCAAGGCAGGGUGACCUGAGGCACCUGUGCAGUUUCAGCUCCCUGAGGCUCACUGAUGGUUUGUAUAUUCUGCUCUGGUUUUGUCAACAGCUGAAAACCAUUCAAACUCUCUCUGCUCAGGUGUGGGAGGUUUUCAGUCUUCAACAGCAACAGCAGCUGUGACCUCCCUGUGACAGCCUUUUGUUACAGGGAAUUGCCAGGAAUGAUCCAAAUCCUCGUACAAAUCAGUGUUGAAUGACGUGGUGCUGUUAGACAUUCCCAUGGGUACCGUGCAGGGAAGGGCAGGCAGGACUCCGGGGCUUUGGGCCAGGGCUGCAGCUGCCAGGUGCUGAACUUUGCUGUGCAUGGAGGGCAGAUGGGAGCAGGAAAAGGGCACCAGGCUCCUGGCACUGCCUGGGCUCUGUGGGACAGGGAAGGGGCAGCGCCUGCCCCGCAGCGCUGGCGGCACAGCGCGGCUGGGGGAGGCGCUGCGGGCCGUGAACUGCAGCAGCGUCCCGCUGGAAGCUCUCAGUAACUCCCUGUUCUACCGCAGCAGCGAGUGUGGGCGCACCUCAGCCACUCCUCCGUGGUGGGAGCAGUCGGGGCUGCGGGCGCUGCCCUGCUCCUCGCGCUG